GGGAGCGUUGGUGUAUAGUGUUGACGUCGGCCAUGGGGGACAGCUGACUACACCCCGCGGCCCAGGUAACUUGUCCGCCACACCCUCCAGGCUCGACAUACCAGGCCAUGGCGCGAAGGGCUGCUGCUAGAGGGUAAUAUCUAUAAUAGUAAGCCACUCCCCGCACUCCGCGUUGAGGGAGGACGUGAGCAGAGGCGUUUCCCGGGGGCCACCAUCAUAUUCGGGGUUGGUGUCCGCGCCUCCCAUCCCAGCACGCCCAGGGCCCGGCGGGCGCCACCUCACCACAGCGCCGCGGCGGGCGUUACCUCAGCGCCGGGAAGGAGAAUCAGAGUGUCGGGGCAUAGUAUAUCCCGCCGCCCCGCCCCGCCCCGCCCCGUCAGACAUGGGUGAGCCCCGCCCAGACCCCUCCGCGCUGGCCCGGGGCGCCGCGCUGGGCCGCGAGUCCCUGCUGCAGGCCGCCGUCAUGACAGAUAAACUGUCCACCACCGCCACCGCCAUGUUCGGUAACCUCAAGAGCAGACUUGGGGACGUGGCUGACCUCAAGAAGCUGUCGUCUCCCACGUCCCUUGUCGGGUCACGGCAGAGAUCAAGGCAGCACACCCCGGGCACCAUGACCCCCACCCCCUCCACCUCUUCCCACUCCCGACAGCCCUCCAUCACCUCCCUUCCUGGCAUAGGCGCCUCGCCCCCCGUCUCACCUACAACCCCAAGGACUAGUGGGAGUGUGGGGGAUGAGCAGGAGAGGCCUGGGAUGAGUUUGGAGAAGGAGCAAGAACUUGAACGCGAGGUCUCCAAGCUAAGACUGGCCCUGGAGGCUCAGCAGGACUCCGCACUGGACCGCCUCAACACCAGGGAGAAGGAGUGGAGGGCGAGGGUGGAGGAGGAGCGGGAGAGGGCGUCGCGGCUGGCCAAAGAGCUGGAGGAGGCAGCCGAGAGGGAGAGGAAGCUACAUGGGCGCCUUGAUGCUGUGGAAGGGAAUAAACAGAGCGUUGUGUCUCAGCUGAAGCAGGCGCAGGGGCUGGAGGCCAAGGUGUGUGAGAUGCAGGACAACUAUGACCAGCUGGAGGGCCUCAACGCUCAGGAGGGGGCCAAGGUCAAGCAUAUGCUGCUGAAUGCCAAUAGCGAGCUGGACCGAGUGCGAGAGGACCUCAAGCAGCGGACUGAGGCCUUGGCGGCUGUGGAGGCCAAGCUUGGGCGUCUCCCGGGCCUUGAGGAGCGGCUUGGAGUGCUCAGCGAGGAGAAGACAGAGCUGGAGACCCAAGUGGCGGGGCUGAAGCAGAGGCUGAGGGUGGCCGAGGGAAAGUGUCGAGCACUGGAGGAGACCAAGGAGGAGGAGGUGCACCAUCUGGAGAGCCGCAUCGCCACCCUAGAACAGAGGACCUCUCAGACGGGCCUUCAGGAGACAGACCGCAUACAGGCUCUCAUAAAGGAGCGGGAGACGGUGGAGCACAGUCUGGAGGAGGCGCGGCAGCAGCUAAACAACAUCAAGGCGUCCUGGAGCACCAAGAUCACCAGCCUGGAGGAGCAGAUUCAUCACCUCAAUGCCAAAAUAGCCGAGGACCAAAGUGACCUUCAGGCAGCAGAGGAGAGGAACACCAGCCUCACCACCAGCCUCCAAGCACUGAGGGAGGAGGUGAAGGCGGUGCAGGAGAGCAAGGUUGAGGCCAAGAGGAGGAUGGAGGAGGAGAAGGGGAGGCUGCAGGAGGACGUGGAGACCCUGAAGUGGCAGCUGGGGCAGAAGGAGGCCAGGGAGGAGGAGCUCAAUAACAGACUGAGUGCCGAGGAGGAGAAGGUCAAAUCCUGCACCGGCAUCCUUCAGGCUAAGAUCGAAACCAUCGCCGGCCUGGAAAUCAACCUCACAGACCUGCAGGGGAAGAUGGCAGAGAUGGAGGGAACACUGACAUCCACUCGGGAGGACAUACAGAAGCUACAGGGGGAGAAGAAGCGUGUACAGGAGUCCGUGGCGAGGGAGAGGAAUGCCACAGAGACAGCACUGAGGGGGAAGAGUGAGGUGGAGGCCAGGCUGGAGGUUGUAUCGGGGGAGAAGGAGCGUCUGUCGAAGAACCUGGACGAGUAUGCGGACCGUGUGGCAACGCUGGAACAGAGGUUGGCGGAGAAGGAGAGGGAGUGCCAGGAGAGCAUGGGGAAGGUGGCGGGCUUGGAGGAGAGGCUGCAGGAGGCCACCCAGGAGUGCCAGUCUCUCCGUGAGCAGCUGGAGUCCUCAGAGGCGAACCUGGAGCACAAGAUUGAGGCGUCGGAGAUUGUGAGAACGCUGAGGGAAAACGUGAAGACCCUGGAGGAGGAGCUGACGGAGAGUAAACAGAACAUCAAGAUACAGCGUCAGCGGCUGGCGGACAUGAAGAAAACACUGCAGCGCGAACUACGCCUGACCCCGGACAGUGGCGACUCAGCAGCAGCAGCAGGAGGGGCAGCGGCAGCACCCCAGAGUACAACAGCAACAACAGCAGCAGCACCAACUCUAUCAUCGUCAUCAGCGGCAAUAAUCGACACCUUAUCAUUCCAUUCCUCGGAGCAGCAACAGCAACACUGGAAGGAGGUUCGGGCAUCGUUGGGGAAUGGUAAGCUUGUUUUGGGCAUCGUUGGGGAAUGGUAAGCUUGUUUUGGGCAU